GUACGAUCAAUAACCCAAAACACAAAACAGAGAGAGUAGUAGACUAAGGAAGAUAAUGGAUAACGAGAGAAUAACGGCCGAAAUGGCGUUUAAAGACUCGUCCUCCGCUGUUAUCAGGGUCCGGAGACGCUUGCCAGAUUUCUUACAGUCUGUGAAGCUAAAGUACGUCAAGUUAGGCUAUGGCUACUCACGCAGCCCGGCCACUAUUCUAAUGUUCGUUUUGAUUUUGCCUCUGGCCAUUUCCUUGGUGCUUAAGCUCACCAAUCUGCAACUAGACACCGUGUCUGAGUUAUGGACAAACCAGAGAGUUUUGUUCCACAACCUCAUUAAUACAGAUUUUGCAUGUUACAAGCCGGAUGACAAACUAAAAGUUACUAGAGAGUUUUUCCUAAAGAUGAGUGAAGAUAGUGGAGCAUUCCAGGAGGAGAGUCUCCAGUUUCAGAGACGAAUAAUAUACAGGUCAGGUCUUGGUGACGAGACUUAUCUACCAAAAGGAAUUACGUCCAGACCGCCAACAUUAAGCAUGGAAGAGGCCCGGUCCGAGGCCGAGGCUGUUAUGUUUGGUGUCGUGGAUGCAAUUCUAGACAAAACCGGAAUUAAAGCAAAGGACAUUGGAAUCCUUGUUGUGAACUGUAGCUUAUUCAAUCCAACCCCAUCUCUCUCCUCCAUGAUUGUGAACCACUUCAAGCUCCGAACCGACGUUAAGUCCUACAACCUCGGCGGCGUGGGUUGCAGCGCUGGCCUUAUUUCCAUCGACCUCGCAAAAGAUCUCCUUAAUGCAAACCCAAACACGUAUGCCCUCGUCGUAAGCACCGAAAACAUUACUCUCAAUUGGUACUUAGGCAACGACCGAUCGAUGUUGUUAUCUAAUUGCAUAUUCCGCAUGGGGGGUGCAGCCGUGCUGCUAUCGAACCGGUCACGGGAUUGGGGCCGUUCCAAGUACAAGCUGGUCCACACUGUUCGAACCCACAAAGGCGCGGACGACGAAGAUUACAACUGUGUCUAUCAAAGAGAGGACGAAAAAGGAACUGUCGGGGUUCAACUCUCUAAAGAUUUAAUGGCGCGGGCCGGACAUGCAUUGAAAACGAAUAUCACGACCCUGGGUCCUUUGGUUCUGCCAUUUUCUGAGCAAUUCAUCUUCUUUGUUACGUUGGUGAAGAAGAAGAUCCUGAAGGCGAAGGUGAAGCCAUAUAUACCGAACUUCAAGCUGGCUUUCGAGCACUUCUGCGUACAUGCAGGCGGGAGAGGAGGGUUGGACGAGUUGGAGAAAAACUUACAACUCAGUGAGGGGCACUUAGAGCCGUCGAGGAUGACGCUGCAUCGUUUCGGGAACACGUCGAGUAGUACGUUAUGGUACGAGUUGGCAUAUACGGAGGCAAAGGGUCGGGUUUCAGGGGGCGACAGGGUCUGGCAGAUUGCUUUCGGCGCAGGUUUCAAGUGUAACAGCGCGGUAUGGAGAGCAAUAAGAACGAUUCCAGUGGACGUUUCCCGACAUAACCCAUGGGUUGACUCAAUCGAUAGGUACCCGGUUAAGGUUCCUGUUGCAUAGGAUAUCAACGUGGCAGAGUAUAAGUGGUGGAGACGGUUUACGUCGGUUUCUGUUAUAUGAAAUCACUAUUUUUUAUGCAUACUGAUUAAUCAAAAUAAUUAUUUUAUAUUAACAAAAACAUAUAAUCAAUUAUGUUAAUAAAGUAUGCAAGAAAUCUGAUUCUCUUUUAUAUAUAAUGAGACAGACAGUCCACGUUGUACUAUUACAAUUGUUUUUAAUUUCAGCAUAAAAAGUAAAAUAA